AAGGAAGAAUAGAGAAAAUAAGGAAAGCAUUGACCACUGAUGAGAGAGAGAGAGAGAAAGAGUAACAGAGAGAGGAAAUAAAAGUAAAAAAAGCAAAUAGAUUUUUCCUCCUGCUCUUUUGCCCUCUUCUAUGCUUUCAUCUCCUCCUCCAUUAAUUAUUAGUCCCUGAAAGCACGAGCACUGCACCAACCUCGAUCGUACGGUUCAUUUACUUCUUCAACCCAAACAAAACAUAAGAUCUCUGUCUCUCUCUCUCUCUCUCUCUCUCUCUCUCUAGCCUGCUGCGGUGCUCACAGUGAAUGGCGCUAGGUUGUUACACGCUGUCAAAAAGCUUUGAUGGAGCCUUGUGAUCCACAUUUUAUAAGAAAGCAAUGCGUGUUGUAUGGAUUAAGUCUCCUACUUUUAUCUAAGCCUCUAUGAAACAUGAAAUAGUUUGAACAGGAGAAGUGGUCGUCAUGUUCAGGUGGAAGCACAGCUCUCAGGCUGUCCAGGAGGACGAGACCGUUCAAAAGGCAGCAAAGAUCAAUGAGCUAAAAUCUGCUAUUGGACCCUUAUCUGUCCGUAGCCUGCAAUUUUGCACUGAUGCAUGCCUGAGGCGAUACUUAGAAGCUCGCAAUUGGAAUGUUGACAAGGCAAGAAAGAUGUUGGAAGAGACACUUAAGUGGAGAUCAACCUAUAAGCCAGAGGAGAUUCGCUGGCAUGAGGUUGCUAGUGAAGGUGAAACUGGAAAAGUGUACCGUGCAAAUUUCCAGGAUCGAGAAGGAAGAACAGUUCUUGUACUGAGGCCUGGAAAACAGAAUACAUCAUCACAUGACAAUCAACUCCGUCAUCUGGUAUAUCUCAUAGAGAAUGCAAUUUUGAAUCUAUCUGAGGGCCAAGAGCAAAUGGUGUGGUUGAUAGAUUUCAGUGGAUGGUCAUUGAGCAUGUCUGUUCCUAUAAAGACAGCUCGAGAAUCCAUAAACAUUCUGCAAAGUCACUAUCCUGAGAGGCUGUCCGCUGCAUUCCUUUAUAAUCCUCCAAGAAUUUUUGAAACCUUUUGGAAGAUUGUCAAGUACUUCUUGGACGCGAAAACCUUUCAUAAGGUGAAAUUUGUGUAUCCAAAGAACGAAGAGAGCCUGGAACUGAUGCACAAAACCUUCGAUAUUGAGAUUCUUCCUGUGGAGUUCGGAGGAAAGAAUAAGGUAGAAUAUGAUCAUGAAGAGUUUUCAAGAUUGAUGGCCAAGGACGAUAUAAUUGCAUCGAGCAUGUGGGGAUCAAGCGAGAAGAUAACACAUGCACCACACGGGCAUUCAACUUCAGAAGUUGCUCCUGAACCUUCUGGAGUUGCUCCAGAAAGUUAAUGCAUUUGUUGCUGAUGAUUUCACUGCAGUGUUUAGAGUUGUAAUUGAAUAAAAUUCUCGGUCUUUGUUUACGCUGAUUAACUAUGACUUGGUAAGGAUUCUAGUAAUGAUGAUCCUACCUCUUGCUGGUUCUGCGAGCAUAUACAACAUACAUCUUAUGUCCAUGAGGGCUUCUUUCUGCAA